CCUUGAUUGUUUUUUCUUUUCACAUUCUUAUUGUAUUUUCUUAAAAAUUAAUCGUAUUGCUUUUGUUUCAGCCUGACAGGAUGGAAACGUGAAUUCUUGACAUAAAUUGGUUUGAUUAGCCUGCUCCUUUAUGUGCGCUCGAAUCAAGCGUAAUUAAAAUGAUCCCCGUGAAAACGAUUGGAAGAGACCUAAAGGACAACGUUUAUACACAACAAGAUAUUACCAGUAAAGCUAUGCUCUAGUUGGAACGUUUUGUAUGUGUCCGUGCUUGAUACUGUGGUUUCUAUCUGGUCUUCAAGUGGCCCAAGUUCUACGGUGAAGUAGCUUUGAUUUAUUGUAACUUGUAUGUUACAAAAGCCAGUUGGCUAGCUACAAACCAGAUGUACAGCACGUAACUCAUCUGGCCAAUAAGCAAAACGUUUUUUAAUUUUAUUCUUUGGAAAUGGUAAAUGCACGGAAUUGGUUAUUUAUACCGAACUAUCUCCAAGUAAAACAGGUGCAGCGCAAAAUGGAGGAGAUAAGAGUAUCUCCAGACUACAACUGGUUCAGAAGCACCGUUCCACUCAAACGAAUUAUUGUGGAUGAUGACGACAGUAAGGUUUGGUCACUGUAUGAUGCUGGCCCCAAAAGCAUCAGAUGUCCCAUCAUCUUGCUCCCCCCGGUCAGCGGGACAGCUGAGGUGUUCUUCCAGCAGAUCUUAGCCCUCACAGGCUGGGGGUACAGGGUGAUAUCGCUGCAGUACCCUGUGUACUGGGAUCUGCUGGAGUUUUGUGAUGGAUUCAGAAAGUUGCUAGAUUACUUACAGCUGGACAAGGUGCAUCUGUUUGGGGCCUCUUUAGGAGGCUUCCUGGCACAGAAGUUUGCUGAGUGCACACACAAAUCCCCCAGAGUGCACUCUCUUAUCCUCUGCAACUCCUUUAGUGACACAUCCAUCUUUCACCAGACUUUGACGGCAAACAGUUUCUGGUUGAUGCCUGCCUUCAUGCUGAAGAAGAUCGUUCUCGGUAACUUUGCCAGAGGGCCGGUGGACUCAAAGAUGGUGGAAGCCAUCGACUUUAUGGUGGAUCGGCUGGAGAGUUUGAGCCAGAGCGAACUGGCCUCUCGGCUGACACUCAACUGCCAGAACUCUUAUGUGGAACCGCACAAAAUAAAGGAUGUGGCGGUCACCAUCAUCGAUGUGUUUGAUCAGAGUGCCCUUUCGCAUGAAGUGAAAGAGGAGAUGUACAAGCUGUACCCUGAUGCAAAGAGAGCUCACCUAAAAACUGGGGGGAACUUCCCCUACCUGUGCAGGAGUGCAGAAGUCAAUCUGUACAUCCAGAUUCACUUGCGCCAGUUCCACGGCACGCGGUAUGCAGCCAUAGACCCUGCCAUGGUCAGUGCAGAGGAGCUGGAUGUACAGAGAACACGGUGCGGUGGUGACAGUGACCCAGAGGAGGAACCGCAGGACUCAGCCACCGCUUCCCGCCAGCACUGACCGUGACAAAGGGCACCCCCAAAAACCAGCAUGGACCCAAAACCCACCAGUCUGCCUUUCAUACAGGUCUCAACCAGCCUCAGUGUUUUUCUUACGAAUCGAUAUGAGUUAAGUACAAGAAAAAAUAAAAUUAGCCUAUUUUUCUUUGGAGAAAAUAUUUUUAGAAAAAAGGUUUCUGUAAAUAUAAUAAUUGCUUGUAUGGAUUUGUUAUAUUGCCUCUUGUAAAUUUUCUUCUUUUAUGAUCGUGUUAAAAUUGUUUUUUCUUCAUCUUCCAUUCUACAUUGAUUUCUUGUGUGUGUUUUCUAACAUUACAUCAACACUGCCAAACAUUUCCUCCUUGUUGCUCAGUAUUAAAUUUGCCACAAUGCACUGAUCAAUGCAGUUCCUUGUGUACUGUGUUGAGGAAAUGAAUAUACAGAACAGAUUAUGAGAGAUCUUUAUUCUCUGGUACAUUUUAAAAAAAUUAUUUUUUGAUUAAGUAAAGCAUCAUGCUUGAUUACCAAAACCA